AUGAAUGAUACCAGCAAUUAUUCUUUAGGCUGUGAUUCAAUGUGUUUACUUGAGGAAAUAACAAGAGCUGCUCUAAAGACAACGUCACAUAGUGUAACUAGGAACUGUGAUGUUGUGAAGGCGAGGUUUGGACACAGAAAGGUUUUGCUUAUUGUUGAUGAUGUGAAUCACAUUGGCCAACUCAACGAUAUCAGUUUGAUUGCUAGUUGGUUUGGUCCGCGUAGUAGACUGAUCUUUGUCACCCAGGACAAGAGUUUAUUACUUGAUUCUGGAAUUAGGCAUCUCUAUGAAGUAGAGUCUCUAAAAUAUGAUGAAGCUCUUCAACUCUUUUCUCAAUUUGCCUUCAAACAGAUACACGUUCCUAGAGGUUUCGAUAGAUUCUCUGCUCGUGCUGUCUUUAUCACAGGUCAUAUUCCACUUGCCCUUAAAGUAUUUGGCUCCUUCUUAUACGGGAAAAACAACAAGGAAUGGGAAUAUGAGCUGCUUAGACUCGAAGCAUCACAAGAAAAUUGGAUUUCAGUAGUUUCUAGUUACAUUGGAGGGGACUUCUAUCGAAGACAGCCAACCAACUUAGAUCCAUACAUUGGAGGAGAAGACGAUGACGGAGAGGAAUUUCCUUCGUAUUACUUCGCUCUUGGAUGA